AUGAUUCGUUGUGCUGACGGAACAACUUACCAUGGUGACAUCCUCGUCGGUGCCGAUGGCGCCUACAGUGGUGUUCGUCAGUCUCUUUACAAACGACUGGAGAAGCAUGGGAAGCUCCCCCUUUCGGAUGGGAACGAACUGAACAAGGGGUUUAUCUGCAUGGUCGGCACCACUGACCCGCUUGAUCCUGCCAAGUAUCCUGGACUGGAUUCCGAGACCGCCAAUAUCAACCAAAUCAUUGGCAACAACCUCUACUCUUGGAGCGCCUUCUCUGUCCCCGGAAACAGAAUUUGCUGGAACGCCAUUCUCCAGUUAUCGACUGUCAAGGAAGCGUCCGAGCACAAAUUCAAGAAUUCAGAGUGGGGCCCAGAGACAAGCGAGCCGAUGAUAAAGGAGGUCAGGGAUUUUCUCAUCCCCUUUGGUGGCACUUUGGGAGACCUUAUUGAUGCCACUCCACGGAACAACAUCUCCCGUGUUUUCCUGGAAGACAAUCUUUCUCCAUUGGACGUCAAGGAGGCAUUCGAGAUGUACAAGGCAGAGCGAUACUCUAAAGUCAAGGACCAGUUCUCAGCCAGCAAGACCAACGCCAAGCUCAUCUAUGGACAUAAAUUCAUUGAUCAAGUCAUGCGCUACGUCGCGUUUAACUUCAUCCCCCAAAAGAUGCUUGACAAGGGUGCUUACAAAGGAAUGGACUUUCGUCCUCAAGCCAUCUUUCUCCCUCAAGUGCCCAAUAGGGGGACUACCCCUGUUCUUCCCCAGAGAGUCUCCAAGCGAUACCAGGAAGAGCAAGCCAAGCUCGGAAAAACUCCAAAGCCUUUCCACGUCCUCAUCUCCGGUGCAGGAGUGGGUGGACUCAUGCUAGCAAUCCUCCUCGACAAAGCCGGUAUUGACUUUUCCGUCUACGAGCGAGCAAAGAGUGUCAAGCCUCUGGGCGCCGUUAUGUCCCUGAAUGCGGGAGUGUUCCCGGCAUUGGAGCAGCUCGGGAUAUACGAGCCCUUGCAAAAGGUGUCGUUGCCAAUUACAGGAGGAUUCAACAUCUACAACGGAGAUAUGACAAAGGUCAUCACCUUAAGGAGUUCCGUUGCAGAAUUCGUGGGGUACGAUCACAUCGCCUUCGCACGUCCAGACUUUUACGACCUCCUCAUCGCCCGCAUCCCACCCGGAAAGAUCCACUUCAACAAAAAAGUUAUUUCGACCGAGCAGAACGAGAAGGAGGCCAAGAUCACAUGCAGUGAUGGAACAUCUUACAGUGGCGACGUUCUCGUUGGGGCGGAUGGUGCGUACAGCGCUGUUCGUCAGGGGCUAUACAAGCAACUGCAGGAGGAAAAGGCUCUCCCUCCUCUGGAUGCUCAGGACUUGAACAAGGGAUUUAUUUGCAUGGUUGGAACCACGAAAGAGUUGUCCCUUGCAGACUAUCCGGGUAUUGACAGUAAGGAGGCUAGCAUCAACCAGAUCCUCGGUCAAGGAAACGCCUACUCGUGGAGCGCGUUCACUGUACCAGGAAACCGGAUCUGCUGGAAUGUCAUCUCGCAGCUGGACUCACUCGGAGAGGAAGAGAAGAAAAAGCUCAAGAAUGCAGAAUGGAGCUCCGAGUCAAAUGAUGCUAUGAUUGCCGAGGUCAAGGACUUUUUGAUUCCACUAGGUGGAACUCUUGGCGACCUUAUUAAUGCGACACCUAGAGAUAUCGUCUCGCGCGUUUACUUGGAAGACAAGAUGUUUGAGACGUGGAACCAUGGUCGCGUUGCUCUCAUUGGAGAUGGUCUAGGCGCGGUGACAGCCAUUCAAGAUGCCAUUGCACUUGCCAACAGUCUUUAUGAUAUCAAGUCUCAAUCAUACCAGGGAGUCAAGGAAGCUCUCCAGGAGUUCCGAGACGAGCGGUACUCCAAGGUCAAAGAUCAAUACGAAGCCAGCAAACUCAACGCCAAACUCCUCUAUGGAAAGACAUGGUUUGAGAAACUCCUCCGAUAUGCCGUGUUCAACUUUACGCCCAGGUCAGUUCAGUCCAAGGGCGCGUACAAGGGGAUGGAAUACAGACCGCAAGCGGUCUUCUUGCCGCAGGUUCCUAACAGAGGAACGGCACCCAUUCUUCCUCAGAGGGUCUCGGAGAGAUACCAGAGGGAAAUGCAGGCAGCAACGGUAGUUUGA